CGCGUCAAGAACUUACUUACCUACAACUAAGUGUGGAAGAAGUAAAGACCUUUCGGAGGGGCGUGCGCGUACUCGUGUUACUUUAUGCAUAUAUUAGUCUAUAUGUACACAUAUAUAACCGGCGUGGAAGUAGCUCAGUUAAAAUAAAAAAGAUAUACACAUAUAUAUCUUACUUGUGUUUAUUUUAUUUUAGUUUUUAAUUUUAGUUCGUUUUUUUUUUUUUGUUAAAUAAUAAAAAAAUCAAGAAAUACUUGUGUCCGUUGUCAAUCGCUGUUGUUGUUAUCCGUAAUGUUGUAACGCGCGUUAAGUGUGGUAUAAUUUUUUUGUAUUGCUUUUAUUUUUGUUCUACUUUAAACAUCUAUCCCUGCUGACUGAAUACACUUGGCCGUGGGCUAAUUGUUCAAAAAUAUCAAAUCGAGCCCUCGUGCACUGCAUAAGGGAAAUACUUAUUUUUCACCAACCAACGCAAUUUUGAUCGCCCCUACAAAUUUACGAUUACGCGUUUUCUCAACAACAACCAUAAGAAGAAUUGCAACUGCAAAAAAAAAACACACAGCAAAAAGGAGCACGGAAAAAAGUAAGAGUGCAAAAAAAGCUUAUUUAUUUGCCGAAACAGCAUUUGUACUAUACUAUACAUACACACACACACAUACAAACAAUACAUUACAAGCGCUCGCUCAAACUACACCAUCAAAAGCUGCUGCAUAUCCAGCCUUGUGCCAGCCAACGACGACAGCAGUGCUGAGAGCUAGUACUAGUAAAAAAUUGUCACUGCCAAUUGAAUUCGACACAAACGCGAGCGCCGCAAUGCUGAAUUUGUUUUCAACGGUGGUACUAAACAUUUUGCGCGCCUUCUGGCUGCGGCUGGCGAUCAUCUUUGGCAAAUCCCACAAAUACCAGCUGGACGGCCCAGCACAGUGUUCAGUGCCACAGUCGCAAAUGAUCUCGAUCGCAGCAGCUAUGCCAACAGGAACGCAACCGCCACCACAUCUCCCACCGUGCAUGGGGGCCUGGCCGCAAAAGCUGAAAGAUGAGAAAGCAGCAGUGCGGAAGUUGCCAAGGCCGAAAGGAUUACCUUUAAUAGGCACGUUCAGGGAUCUAAUGGCAGCCGGCGGUGCGCAACAGCUACACAAAUACAUUCAUCAACGUCAUGAAGAGCUUGGUCCAAUAUUUUUCGAACGCCUCGGCGGCGUACAGGAUGCCAUAUUUGUUUCAUCAGCAAGUCAAAUGCGAGCGGUGUUUCAAUACGAGGGCCAAUAUCCACGGCAUCCAUUGCCAGAGUCUUGGAUCGUAUACAACAAACAGCACAAUUGUCAACGGGGAUUAUUCUUCAUGGACGGCGCCGAAUGGCUACACAAUAGACGCAUACUAAAUCGUUUUCUAUUGGGAGGCACCAUGAAGUGGAUGGAUGUGCACAUCGAGGCGUGCACGAUGCGUUUGGUAAAUUUGUGGAAGGCGCAGGCUACCCAAAACAGAUACACCGAACUCAUGGAGCUGGAACAGCAACUUUACAACUGGGCUAUUGAUGUUGUUUGUACUAUAAUGUUUGGCGUUUCCGCUGCCGAAGACGAGCGUAUGGCUGCGACGAUGGACGAGUUUUCGCGCAUCGUACACAGAAUCUUCGACACUAGCUCAGCGCUCAUGACUUUUCCACCGCAGUUGGCUAGGCGUUUGAAUAUGCGCAUUUGGCGUGAUUUUAAGGCGAGCGUAGAGGCGGUACUGCAGCAAGGUAACAGUUUGAUCGACCAGUUUAUAGAGCUGCCAGCGCCGACAGCGAAGAAGUUUUGUAAGAAAGUUGGCGCCGACUGUCAUGAUUGUGGGGGUGAUGCACUCUUUCAGAAACUCAAAUUAGCCGGCAUGUCGUUGGAUACGAUCAAGCGUAUAUUUGUGGAUUUGGUGAUCGCUGCUGGUGAUACGACAGCCUACACUACAGAAUGGGCAUUUUAUCUACUCACCCAAAAUCCAGAAAUGCAAGAGCGCUUGGCCAAGGAAAUGGCUACCAAUGAUGGGCGUGGCAAUAUGCUGGUACAUGGUCUAAUUAAGGAGGCAAUGCGUUUGUAUCCGAUUGCACCAUUUAUUGGGCGCUACAUGGCUACCGAGGCGAACAUUGGCGGCUAUCAAAUCGAGAAAAAUAGCCUGGUGCUACUCUCCCUGUACACUGCCGGCCGCGAACCUACGCAUUUCCAAGAUCCAGAGACGGCGAAGCCGGAACGCUGGCAACGCAAUGAGGAAACCGGAGAAUUGCAAGAGGUGUUGCAAGCGCAUGGCUCAUUGCCAUUUGCCAUUGGCAAUCGUUCGUGUAUCGGACGCAGAAUGGCCAUGAAACAAAUGCAUUGCCUGUUAGCGAUGGUUAUAAGUAACUUCCAAUUGCAAUGCAAUAAUACCAAACCGAUUGACUGCAAACUGCGACUGGUAACAGUGCCCGAUGAGCCGUUAAGAUUGGCAAUAAAAUCUCGUGACAUCGCAUAG